AUGGACAAAGAAAGCAUCGGUACUCAGUAUGAGCCCGUAGCCGAGAUUGGAGAAGGAGCCUACGGGAAGGUGUACAAGGCCAGAGAUCUGAAGAACGGGGGGCGCUUCGUGGCCCUAAAACGAGUCCGAGUCCAGACGGGGGAGGAGGGGAUGCCUCUCUCCACCAUCCGGGAGGUGGCGGUGCUCAGGCAGCUGGAGACCUACGAGCACCCGAACGUGGUCAGAUUGUUUGAUGUGUGCACGGUGUCUCGGACUGACCGGGAAACCAAACUCACCCUGGUCUUUGAGCAUGUGGACCAGGAUCUGACCACCUACCUUGAGAAGGCUCCCGACCCCGGAGUCCCACCUGAGACCAUCAAGGAUAUGAUGUACCAGCUGCUCCAGGGGCUGGACUUCCUGCACUCGCAUCGCGUGGUUCACCGUGACCUGAAGCCCCAAAACAUCCUGGUGACCAGCGGAGGACAGAUCAAGCUGGCCGACUUUGGUCUGGCCCGCAUCUACAGCUUCCAGAUGGCGCUCACGUCUGUGGUGAGUUACAUUGUUCGUGCAUCUGAACACAGCAGGGCUCAAAAACAUUGUUCCCAACUCUGGCUACAACUGGCCAAAACUACUUAA